CUUGGCCAGCUGUUGCCCUUGCGUGUAUUAGGACUUGUCUUUCCUAACAAUGUCGGAGGCGAAUAUCUUGAAAAUCAUUUGCGGUAACGGAGGGGCGAUAGAUUAUGAGAGACUCCUUGAAUUAGCUUCCGGCUUUCCAGAUAUAAACUGCUUUGAAUUUGAUUCUCUCAUCGAAAAUGAACAGUUAUUCUCUCUGACGGAGAACAGUGGCGUCAAACAAGUACUAGCCAAAACAAACGUCAGACUCUGCAAAGUGAGAGACUGCACUGGCUGUAAAAAUCUUCAUCUUUGUAAGUUUUAUCUACAUGGAGAAUGCAAAGGAAGACGCUGUGGUUACGGACACAAUUUAAACUCGGACCACAACGCCAAAGUUCUCUCAGAACAUCAACUACAGAGACUUAGCAGAGCAGAGAUCAGACAGUUACUUUUGCACAAUGACAGCCCACAUUCCCUGCUUCCACCGCUUUGUAUGAGUUACAACCAUGGUGAGGGUGACUAUGGCCGAUGUGAUGACAAGGAUAACUGCACGAGGCUUCACAUCUGCGAGGGCUACAUCCAAGGCACCUGCGACUCCGGCAACUGCGGCCGGUCACAUGACUUCUUCGAGCCCCACCCGAUGAGGACCCUGCGGGGGAGGGGUGUGCUCAGCGGAAUGGUGGGAUCCAUGCUCUCCGUCUACCGGAACAUCUUGGUGCUCAGGGGCACUCUGGCUAAAGACGUGAAGUCCAAUCCUGGGGCCAAGAACAGAAGUGGCAGAACGGAGAUAAAAGAAAUCUGCCUGUCCUUCGUCAAAGCUGAUUGCAAACAACGCAACAGGUGUUGGAGAGUACACUCCAAAAUGCCCUACCAGUGGCAAUUUAAGGCUGGAGAAACCUGGACUGACUUUCCGAUCAGUGAAGACAUCGAGAGGAACUUUUGUAACCCAAGCUGCGCUAGCUUCAUUGAUUUGAGUGUGAAGUGUGACCCUGUUUGUUUUGAUACCAUGACCUGCGGGCCCCAAGAGGUGCGACGGCUCUCCACAGCCCCCUCCGUGCUCAUGCCCGACUUCAUCCUCACCACCGAGUGGCUCUGGUACUGGGAAGAUGAGUACGGAGAAUGGGUCCCCUAUUCCUCCAUAAAAGAGAUGCACAGGAUGUCCUCAGUGUCCUCCAGUGAUCUGAGCCUCACGGUUGAGUUCAUGCGCUUUCCGGAGCUGAUCCUGCAGCCCGUAGUAGUAGCUCAGUCCUGGCGCGCCCUCGACCGCUGGCUCCGGGGAUACAACCAUGGUGAGGGUGACUAUGGCCGAUGUGAUGACAAGGAUAACUGCACGAGGCUUCACAUCUGCGAGGGCUACAUCCAAGGCACCUGCGACUCCGGCGACUGCGGCCGUUCACAUGACUUCUUCGAGCCCCACCCGAUGAGGAGCCUGCGGGGGAGGGGUGUGCCCAGCGGAAUGGUUGGAUCCAUGCUCUCCGUCUACCGGAACAUCUUGGUGCUCAGGGGCACUCUGAAGUCCAAUGCUGGGGCCAAGAACAGAAGUGGCAGAAGGGGUAAAGGAGGAGGCGGCACCACUACCAGUGGUGUGGCUAAAGACGAAAGCAGUCCAGCACGGCCAGACAGGUGUUGGAGAGUACACUCCAAAAUGCCCUACCAGUGGCAAUUUAAGGCUGGAGAAACCUGGAACGACUUUCCGAUCAGUGAAGACAUCGAGAGGGACUUUUGUAACCCAAGCUGCGCUAGCUUCAUCGCUUUGAGUGUGAAGUGUGACCCCGUUUGUUUUGAUACCAUGACCUGCGGGCCCCAAGAGGUGCGACGGCUCUCCACAGCCCCCUCCGUGCUCAUGCCUGACUUCAUCCUCACCACCGAGUGGCUCUGGUACUGGGAAGAUGAGAACGGAGAAUGGGUCCCCUAUUCCUCCAUAUGGAGAGGAUUUAAGAUGGAGGACAUAUUUUUGUGGCAGCCUCCCAUGAUGUUACAAUUCUACACAGAAGAGAGUCACAGGAUGUCCUCAGUGUCCUCCAGUGAUCUGGAAAAGCGUUACCAGGAAGACAACAAUGCUGUAGUGCUCUUCACAGCUGGUCAAGAGCACUAUGAACUGAGUUUCAAAGAUAUGGAGCAAAAGAAUGUGUACUAUGGCACCCCGAGACAGGUUAGAAGAAGACCUGAGUUCAUCUCAUCGGUUGGUGUCCAAACCGCCAGAACCAGCAAGAGAAGAGGCCCCGUAUCAUCACAACAUGGCAGAGGCGUACCAGGAUACUGGGACAAGUCUGCUGUGCCUGAAACAGGAUACAAGAGAGUAACUCUGCUAAGUACUAACCGGGACUAUCUGAAGGUCCAGGAGCUGUUCUGCAAGACACUGAGCGGUUUUGACAUCAUCAGUAUUGAGAGGAUCCAGAACAAGGAGCUCUGGGAGGACUUUCAGACGAAACGAGAACGUAUGACGAAAGCCAACAAGGAUAAAAAGUACGUCGCUGGGGAACGUCUGCUCUUCCAUGGCACAGAUUCCAAGUUCAUUGAUGCGAUCUGCUACCAGAACUUUGACUGGAGAAAGUCUGGAGCCAAUGGAACGGUUUAUGGAGAAGGAUGCUACUUUGCCCGGGAUGCCCGCUACUCCAACAGCUACACCUCUGACCACAGCGUGCGCUCCAUGUUUGUGUGCCGCGUGCUGGCAGGCAGCUAUACCCGAGGGCAGUCUCAAUAUCGCCUGCCGCCCUCCAUAGAUGGAGGCCUGCUUCUGUAUGACAGCUGUGUGAACGAUGUCCGCGACCCUUCUAUCUUUGUGGUGUUCGACAAGCAGCAGGUCUAUCCCGAGUUCCUCAUUACCUACACUGAGCACGUCUAUCCUACGGAUCUGACAGAUUCUUCUCCUGAUUACGCUUCUUCUGCUGUCUCCGGUUUACUUUCUCCUAUUAAGACCACUGCACCCCUGUCCACUACAACCUCCUCGGACGCCUGGUCUUCCUUCCUUCCUCCUCCUACAAGUCAACGAAGCCAAGACCUCUACAAUGUCCCCAAAGCUACUCCGAGAGACGAAUGCAUCUUGCUUUGAUAUCAUUGCCUGUUUUGUCCGUUGGCCUCAAUUUUUUAAUUGUUAAAACAAAUUUUCCCAUUCCUACUACUGGAAUAAACAUUAACUACUCAGUCCCACUUCCUAUAUACUUUAGUUUCUCUUGCUCGAUUGAAAUUGUCAAUGUAUAUUUUGAGGCACUAGUGUUUACUCCGCAGGUGUCUGCAAGCAAAAUUUAGAUUUCAUGGUGUCUGUUCUGUGCAGAGCGCCAGACCUGUAGCACAGGUGUGUUCCAGUGUAUCUUGGAUUUGCAUGUUAUCACAUUGUAUUUGCCAUUUAAAAAAACAGAAAACGGAAACUAGUAAAAUCCUUAAUAAAUUAUUAAAUCAA